UUACUACGUUUUCACUUCUCAUUUAUUUAUCCAUGUAUACAUAUAUAUAAUGGAAGACUGAAUACCAUCAUCAUCAUAAAAAACAGACAUGGUUUGGUUCAAGAACCUGAUCCAAAUCACGACCAUCAAAUCUUCGAUCAAACCCAGAGCAUUAAAUCCAUGCUUUCCCAUUUUCCUCUCACAUUUCAGUACCCAUCAACAAAUCAAUCAUGACCGUCAAUGCCAGUCACCGCCAACCGCAUCAACGGCUGCUCCCAGCGCUUGUUAUCCAGGGUUCGAGGGGCUGGGACCCACUAAGCGCGGCGAGAAGCCCAGGGUGGUGGUUUUGGGCUCCGGUUGGGCCGCUUGCCGGCUUAUGAAAGGCGUUGACACCAAAACCUACGACGUCGUUUGUAUUUCGCCGAGGAACCACAUGGUGUUCACGCCACUCUUGGCUUCCACUUGUGUUGGAACCCUCGAGUUCAGGUCCGUAGCCGAACCCAUUGCCCGGAUCCAACCCGCAAUUUCCCGGGAACCCGGCUCCUACUUCUUCCUCGCUAACUGUGCUGGCAUCGAUACUGACAAGCACUUGGUAAAGUGUGAGACUGUCACUGAUGAAUCCGAGACUACGGUUCCGUGGAAUUUCAGGUCUCAUAUGACAAAUUGGUGAUUGCUUGUGGGGCACAGGCCUCCACUUUUGGAAUCCAUGGAGUGAAAGAACAUGCAAUCUUUUCUCCGUGAAGUUCACCAUGCUCAGGAAUUUCGAAAAAGACUACUCCUGAACCUGAUGCUCUCUGAUAUCCCCGGUAACCUACUAUAUGAUU